GUGUACUCACCGAAGAACCUUCUGAUGCUACAGCUUCUAUGAAAGCGCUGUGUUCGCAUAAACCGAAUUUUAAAUAACACUUAGUUUGGAUUUCAUUAUGCGUUUUGUACUUAGAUCAUCAUAAUAUACUACAACCUAGGUUCUGUGUCGAAUACUAAAGCGAUUUACCAGGUUCCUGGUCGCUCAGCAGUGUACUCUUAUGAGAUUACAGUGCUAAAAUUCGGAGUUCGAUUCUGCGGCAGAUGGUGCAUAUAGCUUAUUGUACGUACAAGUUUUGAGCUGAAACAAGACAACAAUAACUUUUUAUUACAGUAUUUUAUUUUACUUUUGUACUUCUAAAAUUUCAGAAUUAUAAAAGAUGGGGAUUUUAUAUAUUAUGUAACUGACAUAUAAUAGCCCCAAAGUAUUAAUUCUUUAUGUGAUUUUACUGUCUGAAGAGCUGUUGAGAAUUAGCUGAUUUAACAAAUUAUUGUAAGCAUUCUGUAGGAAUAGAUCAUCGCGUUUCUCUAAUUUUAUGAUGGAAGACGAAAUUGAAAGCCUACCUCAGGAAAACGAAAACAAAUGUAUUCAAGAAAAAGUAUCAUACUUCAAAUUCUACCUUCGGAUUGUGAAAACUUUGAGGAUCGAGCCUUUCCUCUUCUUAUUCAUGUUUGGUGAGUCAGCACGACGGGUUUCCCUCCAGAACCUUCUUGAAGACAAGGCUUGUCGACUAUAUUUUCAAUUUCCAACAGAAGUCUGUUCCAAUUUGUCUAACUACACCUUGAAAGAAGACGAUGUAAUGAGAGUCGCCAACAAUUAUUCCUUGAUGACUACUUUGGUAGCUACUAUUCCGGCCAUAUUUCUAUCAGUGAUAAUUGGUCCAUGGAGCGACAAGCAUGGCCGAAAAAUGCCUAUAUUGAUUGCUACUUUUGGGGUUAUUCUUGAACUCCUGGGUUACUUGUUAACUGCCAUUUACUUUGACUUGCCUCUCUAUUACACCAUUUUAUCUGCCAUACCAUCAGGUUUAACAUCAGGGAUGAUUACCAUCCUUGGCUCAGUAUUCAGCAUGGCUUCAGAAAAUACUUCUGAGAACUACCGGACACUAAAAUUCUUUCUCCUAGAAGUAUCAUUCGUUCUAGGAGCUCCCCUAGGAACUGAAGUCGGUGGUCAGUUGUACAAAUCUUAUGGAUACGUAAGUGUGUUCGCUGUAUCAUUAGGAGCAGUUGUUACCUCCUUUCUCUGGGUUCUGAUAUUUAUCAAAGAUGAGCAAAAAUAUGAGCAGCAAAUUAAAACAAAGGAUUUGAUAAAAGAUCUUCUUUCGUUUGAGAAUAUAAAAGAUAGCUUCCGAACCUGUGUCAAAAAGAGAGACAACUACGUGCGAGCUCAGAUCUGGCUUCUUAUCAUCACUAUGUGUUGUCUAUUGCUGAGUUUUUUGGGUCCAAUGAGCAUCAGUUAUUUUUACGUUCAAAAGAUGUACGACUGGGACGUCACUAAAUACUCUGAUAUCAGUGCCAUCUUUAGUGUAACAAAUAUAGUUCUAAUGCUACCAUUGGUUAUAGUUCUAACGAAAUUUUACAAUAUCAAAGAACCUGCCAUUGGUAUACUAGGAUCACUUUCUAUGAUGUCAGGAAAUAUUAUUAAGGGCCUAGCCAUUUAUCAAUGGUUGUACUAUUUGUCCAGUGUUGUUACCAUACCAGCCUUACUGGCUCCCAUAUCCGUCCGCUCUCGACUCUCCAAACUAGUUCCUCAGGAUGAGCUGGGAAAAGUGUUCGCUAUGUUGGCAACGAUAGAGUCCGUUAUACCCGUUUUGGGGAAUUCGCUGUUUUCUCUACUGUACAAUGCAACUAUCAACAUUAAUCCAGGAAUCAGUUACCUGAGCGCAAGCAGUUUUGUUAUAUUACCAAUCAUCGUUUUCGUGUAAAUAUACUACUAUGUGGUC